AAUGGAUGGCUACCAGAUCCUUAUAUAGAUCUAUUUCAUUAAAAAAAAAUUGACUGCUCAUGUAAUAUUCAGUAAAAUAGGUUCCCAGUCUUUGUCUGGGGUCAAGAUCCGGACAAUGAAUGCGUCACAAUCAGUUGUCCACGUGGCAUUCCAACACGCUUACGGUUUGUUAAAUAAUUGCAGAUCCGCGGAAGCAGGAGUGGAGGAUAGAUGAUGGUCAUGGGGGAAAGAGCAAGAGGAGGCAGAGCAGGUGAAGUCCCCAAUCCCAUCAAAUCGCAACAUACAACAAAUCAGGGAAAACAACAGCAGAAACAGACACAGCAACAGCAGGCCCAGCGUGUUGAGGUGAGGAGAUUGAUUAGCGGCGGACAUGGAACACCCGCGCCCAGAUGGAAGCUUUAUGAUAACCCCUUCUUUCAAGUACAGAGAUCUCCGUUCCUGCUUUCCGCCCGGAAGCUGGCGGCCACCCUGUGGGAGCAAUACCGUCCUCCCAAUGGGAUUCGAACCCGCGAAGCCUUAUGCUAUGCUUUUCAGCAUUCAAUUGAUGAGGCCGGCAAUGGCGGUAACAAUAGCAAUGGCGCUCCUGCAAAAUCUAUGCCAUCUACGAAGAAGAAUCAUAAUGGAGAAGUGCAGGUUGGAGGUACUGCAAGCAAUGGAAGCCUCAUUGAGAAUGGCUCAUUAGUACAGACAGGCUUGAUUUCGGCAGAUAAGAGUGCCUCUAUGGAUGACUCCAUUACGUUGGAUGAGUUGUUCACAGCUUACAACCGCAUACAGAUUCUGGAAGGAGAACACAGUGCCAGCAAGUUACUGGUUCAGUCCCUGCGCACAGAGCUCGAGCUAGCUCAUGCACGAAUGCGCAAGGUGGAAAUUGAACAGAAGACAUCCAGAAAAGAAAUGGAGCAUCUAUUGAAGAAAAUUGCAGAGGAGAGAACUCUAUGGCGGAGCCAAGAACAAGAAAUGAUCAGUAAAGCAGUUAAGACGGUCGAGAAGGAGCUGGAAACUGAAAGGAAAUCAAAGAGAAAGAUGGAGAUAAUUAACAAGAAAUUGUCCAAGCAGCUUGCGGAGGCUAAAAUGGAUUUAUCCAAAUCCAUGCAAGAACUUGAGAAUGAGAGGAAGGCUAGAGAGUUGGUGGAAGGUGUCUGUAAUGAAUUGGCCAAGGAAAUUGGGGAAGAUAAAGCCAAGUUUGAGGAGCGGAGGCAGGAAUCUGACAAGUGUAGGCAAGAACUUGAAGAGGAGCGCAGAAUGCUCCAAAUGGCUGAGAUUUUACGGGAGGAAAGAGUACAAAUGAAAUUGGAAGCAGCAAGGCUUUAUCUUGAAGAGAAACAUUUAGCUUUGGAAACAUUGAAGUCUGAAUUGGAGGGCUUUCUGGAAACAACGAGGGCAUCCAAAGUUGAUGCUACCGUUUUCUAUAUGCGAGGGGAAGAGUUGCUUAGAGAUGCUGCUAGUUCUGUGAGGAUUCAAGACAUUAAAGAUUUAUCAUAUCAGUCUUCAGCAGCGGAUGGCUUUUGCUCAGGCUAUGAAAAUUUGCAGGCUGUUGACCUCAACAAUGAUGCAAGGGAGGUAGAGUCUACAAGGGUUUUUCUUCCAAAUACUACUCUGCAUAACUGCAUAAACUCUACACUAAAUCUUCCUACUGUAAACCCUUCGUUGAAAAGUAUAAGCAUUUCUCCAAAACCAAACUAUUCCAAGGCAAGUGUAACAGAAGAUGGAAAAAAUAACGAAGACAAAAGGAAGGAAGAAAAAUCUGCAACUGGAGAACGAAGCAAUGGGGAAGAAGAGACAAAUGAUUCUUAUCAAGAAAUCGAAGAGGGGAAGGAAAGGGUAUAUGAUUAUUGUAGAGAAAAUAAACAACCAUCUUGCAAUGAAGCAGAUGUAAUCAUUUUACAGACAGAAACAAAUGAAGAAGUUAAAGAAGGACCUGCCGUUCUAAUCACAGAAGAAAAACGUUUUGCUGAAAGAGAUGGCGAAUUGAAAAAGUCACCGGCAAUGCAUUUACCAGUAUCAAACUCUGGGAGAGGGGAAUUUUACAAGACUAGUUCUGUGCACGACAGAUUGCCAAACCCAGCAAAAUAUUCAAGCUUUUCACAACAAUCUGUUGUCCAUCGGGCACACAUUCCUUUUAAUUGUGGUUUAGGGGAUACCCCAGAUACUGGCAACCCUCAUAUUGCAAGGGGGAUUAAAGGGUUCAUAGAGUGGCCAAAGGGUAUCCGACAGAACAGUUUAAAGACAAAGUUGGAAAGUCAGAAAGCUCAGUUGAGGCAUGUUUUAAAUCUGAAGCAUCAGCAAGCUGAAAUCAGUCGAUCAUGAGAUCUGAAGUUUCAAUAUGCUGCUUAUGUGUUGAUGCUAUAAAGGAUUACAAUCAAGCAAUCUUGGUAUUCACUUGUACAUGAUUUUUUUUUACUUCAUUGAAUGCAAUUAUGAACUUGUACCUGCUAAAUUGGGGGGAGAGUUCUAUUAUUAAUUAUUCAAUAUCUCAGGGGUAUUGGCAGUUGGAUGACUUGGAGAAGACAACAAUUUUGAGUCGUGAAUAUUCAGUUAACAUAUGGAUUGGUAGGUGCUAUCAGUACCAUAGAGAACAAGUGUUGUAUUCAAGAAGUUCACUAUUCUUCCAACAGAUCUAAGUCUUUACAUAGGGAACUUUGCAGGAGUCAGUCCAGUACAGCCAAUGAUUUGGUACUAUCCAAUUUUGUAGCAAAUCUAUUCUCUUUGUAAUAAAUUUUUUCUUCGAUUGAGGAGAUCAGGUGACAAAUAUUGGAAUGGCAUUGGCCUGGAUGCGGUUCAUACUUCAUACAUUUUACAUGUUAUCAUUAACUAUUGGGCAGUGUUAUUUAUUAAUUUAUAUUACUUAUU